AGACAUUAAAAAGCUAUAUCUGAAAACGAAACGCUCCGUUUUGAAUAGGCGAUAGAAAAGGCGAAAAAGCGAUUGAGGGUUUCUCGUUCACGAUCGGCAUGAGUUCGGCGGUUUCGCCGGGAUCGCCUUCGACUCCGACGAGUGAGGGUACAUCUCUGGUGAAGGCGCAAGGUUCGGUACAUGGAGGAAGUAAUUUUACAGCUGCGAUGGAUUCAAACCCAAGCUUGGCGAAGGAUUUGGAUCAACAAUGUUUGACGAUUGGAUCGAAAGAUCUAGAAAGGAAGAAUCAAGGAGAUGAACAACUCAUCACUGGUAUGGAUCUAAACACAAACUCGGAGAAGGUUAUAGAAAAGAAGGAGGAAGAGUCUAUUGGAGGUUUGAAGGGAUCGUGGGUAAGAGCGGUUCAGGGGCAAAAAGUUCUGAAGAAGUAUGAUGUGGAGGUAACGAUGAAGGACGGAGUGGGAUCGGUGAUGGUACCAGAGGAGAUCACGAAGGAUGUUCCCCCGCUUUGGGAGGAUUUCCUUAUUGGUAAAUUCCUGGAUACUGCGCCUCAUAUUGCUAAGAUUCACGCAAUAGUAAACAAGAUAUGGAACUUGAAUGAUAAAGCUCAGAAGAUAGAGGUGUUUGAGGUUGAUGAAACUUCAAUGAAGUUCAAGAUCUUGAAUAAUGCUGACAGAAACAGAAUACUGAGGAGGGGGAUGUGGAACUUGGCUGGUAUCCCAGUGGUUGUGACAAAAUGGUCGCCUGUCACGGAGAAGGAGAAGCCUCCGGUGCAGUCGAUUCCAAUGUGGGUGCAUAUUAAGAAUGUGCCAAUAAAAAUGUUCUCAUGGCAAGGACUGAGUUUCUUGACAAGUCCAAUUGGGAGUCCAGAGAGGUUGCAUCCAGAGACAGCUCAGUGCUUGAAGCUAGAUGUGGCGAAGAUAUUUGUGAAGGUGGAUCUCUCAAAGGAGCUGCCAAAGAAGAUGAAUUUUACUAUUCAGGGAGAAGAAGUGUUGGUUGAAUACAGCUACCCGAGACUGCCAACAAAAUGUCAAGAAUGUGGAACAUGGGGACAUAAAACUUGUGCUAAAGGAAGAGAAAGUAAUGAGAGUAAGAAGGAGGUCUUGGAAGAAGGGGAAAUAGGAGUAGAAAAACAGGAGGAAAAAAGUGGUCUAAAGAAAGCGGUAGAGAAGGGAGAGGUAGAAGGAAGUUCACUAUUGAAAGCAUCUGAAGUUGAAAAACAAAUAAUGGAGGGAGAUUUGAGUUUGAGUGGAAAGAAGAAAGAAGAAGUGAAAGAAGAUAUUAUGGUUGAAAAGGUUGAUAAGGAAAAUGAGUGGCUUGAUGUCUCACCUGGCAAGGCUAGUUGUUCACCUAUUCGACAGACUUUGGAGUUUGGUCAAGUGGCCAUACUUCAAAAUUCAAGAUUCUCUGUGUUAGUGGAAGAACAGGAGGAAGAAAUGAAUGAAGAGGAGAAAGAGUUACAGAUAGAAGAGGAUAUUCUAGAGGAGACAGAAGUGUUUCAAAGACAAAGGUUACCUAGGGAAUCGAAGAUGAAUCAUCGUUAUCUGAAGGAUAAAAUAAGUCAGAAAGCGCAGGAUGUAGGUCCUAGCUAUCUGAAUAAGAAGAAACCCCGUCGCCAAUAA